AUGGAGCUGGAGAGCAGAUCUUUAUCGGCUCCAAGAGAUAGUUCCAAAUCUCCGAGAAGAGCUUUGGUGCAACCAUCAUCAGCUCACGUUGAUAUUGCAAAAUCCAAUCAAACUGAAGUUUCCUAUGAUGAUUAUGGCCGUAUUCGUCGAAGAAAGCGAUCACCAGAUUUGUCAUAUGAAAGCACUACAAGGAAGAAAACAAAUAUCGCCUUAGGAUCCUCAAACACUAUCGUGGUAUGUAACCUACCACUCGACACUGAUACCCAACAAAUCUCCGAAUUUGUGACACGAACGCUUGAAGAAUUGCAUGGCCAGAAAUUCUCAGUUUUGAAAUGCUCAAUCAAGCGUAAUGAAAAGUUUGGCAGGCUCCAAGCGUUUGUCCAAUUCGCUACCGAACAACAAUUUGAUCUUGCCCUGAGUCUCAACGGCAUAGAAUAUUCCCGUCGACCACUCUAUGCACAUGUCUUCAAUUCCAAAGCCGCCGUGUCAAUUUUCAAGACGAAGCAGGUACUCUGUAUGGGCUUUCUUUGUGGAAGUUGCACGCGGACUGAUUGCCUGAAUGCGCACGGUGUCGAAGAUUUGAUGCUGUAUGAUGAUACAGUACUCAACAAAAGUCGGAGCGUUUACAUCAAAAACUUACCGUCUCAAUUCCCCCACGUAUUCAAUACAAUAAAGAUGAGACUUACAGAGCACUUCCCAUCUGUUUUCUUCACCGCAUUUCAUGAGCGCAAAAACCGUGGAGAUGCCAUGUUUGAGGUUGCUAAUGUUCAACAUGCUAUCAAGGCGCGCGAGAUAUUGAAUGGGAUCAAAAUCGGCACUAAUUGGAUCGAAGUCCAACCAUGGGAUCCAGAGUACCAAGCUUUAUUCGUGAACAAUUUGCACAACCGAGUGGAGAAAAAUUAUUUUUCUCAAACAGCAGAGAGGGUGUGGGUUCCGAUUACCCCGUUAACGAAGAAGGAUCGGCAUCCUCCGUCCAGCAGUUUCGACACGGAGCAGUCGCAUUCACGAGAUAUUCGACGCAUGGAAGAUAAGGUUGAUGACCUACGGCAUGAAAACUCCGAUCUUCAACGAGACUACGAUGAUGUUCGAUGGAAGUACGAAGAACUGCGACAGAAGUACUAUGAUUCGAAAUCUUCCAACCAUGACUAUCGUCGUGGCGGGAGAGAUAAUCACUAUGAGAGAGACGACAGCAGGCCUAUUCACGAACAAUCUAAGGACAAGACUUUCGAUCUACAAUGGCAGCUGGAUCGAAUAAAAUACGAGAAGGAAGUCUUAGAAAAGGAGUCAGGGAUGCUGAAACAAAGGCUUGAAAGACUGGAGCACCUCGAAGAUUUACAGAAGAUGGUUCCAAAAGUGGAAAAUAUAGCCGGUGAUCUCCAAAGUCGACUGGACCAGGCUUUGUUGAAAAAUGAGGAACUGACCAGUACACUGGAAAGAACGCUGCGGCAAGUCCAGGACUUGGAAUCGGAAAAGUCUUCGUUCGACAUGACACUAUCUAAUCUACAGAUGGAAAACGAAUCCUUGCAAGAGGAAAUGGACCAAAUGAAACUGAAUCAUGCAAUGGAACUGGGAUUGGCUCAGGCAUAA